CCUUUCCUUUUCAACUGCUCGUGCCUCCAACCGGGAGGAUUCCCGGUGUCCAAGCAUCUCUUCUGAGUGUAAGCACAGCAUGGGGCCAGCGAGGGUCCCGGUAAGUCUAGAGGACGAAGCACGGGGACUCGCAGUGUGCCCUGACUGCACAGGCAGAGGCUGCAGCUGGCAGCGGUGCUACUGAUUCGCCUGCAUUUUUCUAUGUGGCAGUAACAUGUUCCCAGCGCUGGAAGCAGAGUUGAAGCAGGAGACUCUUCCUGAUCCCUACGAGGAUUUUAUGCACCAUCACCUCCAGUAUUAUGGAUACUUUAAAGCCCAGAAAAGCAAUCUACCAAAUUCUGCUGCUCAUCAGCGUGUUUGGAAGACGAGUCCUCGGUACAUGUUGAAUGGCUCUUUUGGAGAAAGAGACAAUUUGAUCUCAGACACCUUGGAAAAAGAGACAUUUCUAUGGCCUACCUGUUUGUCUUCAACGGGGCACACGCAGAGAGGUGCUGUGAGCAGAGAUUCACUUAUGCUGAGUUCACCACUUCUUAGGAGCAGGCAGCUUCUUUGUGAUGAACUGGAUGAAGUGAACCCGCGUCUUCGAGAACCCCGAGAGCUCUUCUCAUUUUUCUCUAGCCGAGGGCCACUGCAGGCUCCAAGGUGGCCGAUAGAGUGUGAGGUCAUCAAGGAAAACAUUCAUCAUAUUGAGUGGGUUCCACCUCAGCCAGAAUACUUCUAUCAACCUACAGGAGACGAGAAGAUGCCCGAGGUUGUGGGGGAAGAGCAAGGCACAGUUGUCUACCAGUUAGAUUCAGUACCCACAGACGGUGCCUACUUCACCAGUUCCAGAAUAGGAGGCAAACGAGGGAUUAUCAAGGAACUUGCUGUUACGUUGCAAGGGCCAGAAGAUAAUACCCUGUUGUUCGAAUCAAGGUUUGAGAGCGGGAAUCUGCAGAAAGCCGUCAGAGUAGGCAUCUAUGAGUACGAACUCACCUUGCGAACUGACCUCUACACAGACAAACACACCCAGUGGUUUUACUUUAGAGUUCAGAAUACCAGAAAAGACGUCACCUACCGCUUCACCAUUGUGAACUUGCUGAAGCCCAAGAGCCUGUAUGCGGUGGGAAUGAAACCUCUUCUGUACUCUCAGCUGGAUGCCGCCACCUACAAUGUUGGCUGGAGGAGAGAAGGACAGGAAAUCAAGUACUACAAGAACAACACGGAUGAUGGGCAGCAGCCCUUGUACUGCCUCACCUGGACCGUUCAGUUUCCGCAUGACCAGGACACUUGCUUCUUUGCACACUUUUACCCGUAUACUUACACUGACUUGCAAUGCUAUCUCUUGUCGAUCGCAAACAACCCCAUCCAGUCUCAGUUCUGCAAGCUCCGAGCUCUAUGCAGGAGCCUAGCUGGGAACACGGUCUACUUGCUCACCAUCACCAGUCCAUCCAGGACCCCUCAAGAGGCAGCUACAAAGAAAGCUGUGGUGUUAAGUGCCAGAGUCCACCCUGGAGAAAGUAAUGGCUCCUGGAUCAUGAGAGGAUUUUUGGACUUCAUCCUUGGCAACUCCCCAGAUGCCCAGCUCCUCAGGGAUAUCUUUGUCUUCAAAGUGAUUCCCAUGCUAAAUCCAGAUGGAGUGAUUGUGGGGAAUUACCGGUGUUCACUGGCUGGAAGGGACUUGAACAGACAUUAUAAAACUGUUCUUAAGGAUUCUUUCCCUUGCAUUUGGUACACCAAGAAUAUGAUCAAAAGACUUCUGGAAGAAAGAGAGGUUCUCUUGUAUUGUGAUUUCCAUGGGCACAGUCGCAAGAACAAUAUCUUCCUGUACGGCUGUAACAGCAACAGUCGGAAGCACUGGCUUCAUGAGCGGGUCUUUCCUUUAAUGCUAAGCAAGAACGCGCCAGAUAAGUUCUCUUUUGACAGUUGUAACUUUAAGGUCCAAAAAUGCAAAGAAGGAACAGGAAGAGUUGUGAUGUGGCGGAUGGGCAUCACAAACAGCUAUACAAUGGAGUCGACCUUUGGCGGGUCCACCCUAGGCAGUAAAAGAGACACUCAUUUUACCAUUGAGGACCUGAAGUCCCUAGGUUAUCAUGUCUGUGACACUAUUCUGGAUUUCUGUGAUCCUGACCAGACCAAGUACACUCAGUGUCUACAAGAGCUUAAGGAGCUCUUACAACAGGAAAUCCACAAGAAGUUCAAUAACUCUGGACAAGAGAUGGACUUAGAAGGAAGCUGGAGUGACUUUCCUUUGUCCGACAUCGAAUCCAGCACAAGUGGCUCUGACAGCUCCCUCUCGGAUGGUCUUCCUGCCCACCUACUGAGCAUGGCAGAUGAGGAACAGCUGAAUCAGAAAACGGUGUUAAAGAAGCCAAAGAAGAAAAGACUUCAGACGAGGAAGCAACGAAAUGAGCAGCACCAGAACUAUCUGAUGCGAGAGUUAAAGUUGACAGAGGACACCCCAACAGAGUUAAGUGGAAGAGACAAAGGCACCUCCCUGGACCCACCAUUGACCAGCCUGGUUCUACCUAAGAAUAAAGAAAUAAUUCAGAGUAAGAAGCCAGGCUUUACGUCAUGCUCUCCAAAGAGAAGCACAAACUCCAGCCUAGGGCCAGCUCCAGAUGUCAAGCCAAACUGGCCUAGGACUAAAUACCCUGCCACAAGGAAAGACCGCACCGCCACAGCGGUGUACCCAUCUUUGCACAUAUACACAUACCCUUAGGUGUGUGCUUCUGCUGUGACAUGCAGGUGCUUCCACCAAAGAUUUUGGGUAGUUUUAUUGGUUUCUGUUUUGUUUUCUAUGCAGUGUUGGGAACCAAAGCAUAUGAGGCAAGGGCUUUACCAUUGAACUGUGUCUCCAGCUCCCUUGAAAAUGUUGUGGGUUAUACACAGUUAAAAGAGGAAAUCUGUGAAGGAAGUGGAAACUAUUUAUGUUGUGCUGUGCUGUGUGUUCAUGCUGACCUGCACUCUGUACUUCCACUGUGCACCUCAUAAAUUCAGUGCUCUUAUCCUAAGGUGAAAUUGUAUUUUGAUGUAUAGAAUAGCCUUUAUUGUAAGCUGAAGUAGAUACUCACAAAAAGACAGCACAUAUAUACCUCAUUUCUACCAAUAGAUGUUCCCUCUAAAGUUAAAGUAAGAGAUCAAACUAUUUUAAACGUGUUUAGGGAACGUGCCAUAUGAAAAAGUCUGUGUCAAAAUUUCCAAAAGGUUAAAUGACCAGUCAGACUAUGGUAUAUCAGGUUUUCUCAA